UAGUUUCCUGAGAAAGCAGGGAACUGUGCUCGAUGUUAAACUGUCGACGUUUAUUUUUUUUCUUUUGUUACACUUCUCUUUGAAGCAGGGAAUUAGUUAACGACCUCGGUCUCAUGAGUCCAGACCACUUGCCAUUCUUUAGCACCGCUUCCAAACGGAACUUGUUCUCGCAAUACAAACCGGACGGUUUGCAAUCAACAAAGUUGCCAGCUAGUUCCACUGUACUUCAGCGUAAUGAGUCUAAACGAGCAUUCGAUGCAGGCCCUGUCGUGGAGAAAGCUGUAUUUGAGCAGAGCUAAGUUGAAGGCUUCCAGUCGGACCUCAGCUCUUCUCUCGGGCUUCGCCAUGGUGGCGAUGGUUGAGGUGCAGCUGGAACCUGACCAUGUGUAUCCUCCAGGCCUCCUGAUUGCCUUCAGCGCCUGCACCACCAUCCUGGUGGCUGUGCACCUUUUCGCCCUGAUGAUCAGCACCUGCAUCCUGCCCAACAUCGAGGCCGUCAGCAACGUGCACAACCUGAACUCGGUGAAGGAGUCUCCACACGAGCGCAUGCACCGCCACAUCGAGCUGGCCUGGGCCUUCUCCACCGUGAUCGGCACGCUGCUCUUCCUGGCCGAGGUGGUGCUGCUCUGCUGGGUGAAGUUCCUGCCGCUCCAGCUGCCCAGCAAGAACAAUGGCACCAGCACCAUCAGCGCCGGGCAGGCAGCUGCCAUCGCCUCCACCUCCAUCAUGGUGCCCUUCGCCCUGGUCUUCAUCGUUUUCGCCGUGCACUUUUACCGCUCGCUCGUCAGCCAUAAAACAGACCGGCAGUUCCAGGAACUGGCAGAGCUGUCUAACAUAACCAGACUCCAGAACCAGCUGGACCACAGAGCAGAGGCUUCAGCUCUGCAGUCUCCCGCCUCUCAUUUUCCAUAAUGGUUCAUCAUCAUGGAAAAAUAAUGAAUUAGUUUGAGCCAUUUCAUUUUUUGACUACUGUAAAAAUAGUUUUGUUUUUUUUCCUCAAAGCAUGGACAUAAUAUAAAUAAAUGUUUAUUUAAAUAGAUCAUUUUUACAAAUGUACAGGUUUCUGCUGCUGUUUGGAGGACUUUUUUCUUAUUGUAUAAAUAUAUAUCUAUCAUAUAUAAAUAGUCCAGUCAAAACAAACUUAUACAAUGAAUUGUAUUUUCAAGCGCUAUCCCCUUUCGUCCGACUAUCUGAAUGUCCUCAAGCUCUAAUGCAAAAGCAACUGGUUACAUUAAGAUUCUUGCGUAUAAAUGUUUUAAAGAUAUUUAAUGUCACAAAUAUGAAGGAUUUUUUUAUUAUUUAAAGUUGUUUCCAAGUAUAGUAUUUGCUAUUUAAAUGUGAGCUUUUCCCUGUUUAAUUCAACAGUGUUCAGAAAACAUGUCAAAUAAGGUAUCAGCAUUCACUUGAUUUAAUGGUCACAUCUUGGUUGACUUAUUUUUUAAAUCCCCUAAUUACAAAUAUUGUUCAUUUUUUAGAAUUGGUGGCUAUAACUUGCUUAAUUUGAGAGUUUCUGAUUACAUGGUAGAUAAAUGUAUUCCAAUUCCUUUUAUCCAAUAGACCAAAAAUAAAGGCAAAUGAGUCCUAAGAAAUGCUUCAAAAUGUCCCACAAAGUCUUGGAGUUAGUUUACAGGUGUUCCAUGUUUAAAUUGGCACAUAUGGGAAAUUUAAGAAUAGAGGUUUUAUCAUGUUGUUCAUUUGUCACUGUUACACUGUUAUGUUAUUUGUUUGUCUUCUGGAAAAGUGAAAUAUUUACAUGCUGUGACUAUCUGCUUAUACAUGACUUCCAGUGCCAAAGAUGCCUCUUCCAACAUACCAAAAUAAAUUCUGAAACCUA